CCUCAUUAUCUUUUAUUGCCAAGUACAUCGUAUUCGAGCUGCUCCUCUAUUGCCUCAAAUACCCCACAAUGCUCAAACCAAUCGAAGCCGACUUCAAAGAAGCCUCAACAGCCACUUCAAAGACCUCCCCCAAUGACCCCAUCGCCAACUCCUUUGCCCAAUACAAACAAUUCGCUCUCCUCCGCUGCUCAACACCAGUGGGCCGAACCGCAGCGCCCAGCGCCACAACCCCCACUCUCGCUACAAGCAAACAAAAAGGCUCCGUCACCCUCGUAGACACGUCCGCCAAGAGUCCGGAUUUAAUACUCACCAAAUGGGUCGACAGCGAGGGCGUAGUGCGCACUCGCAACACGCUGGACGAUGCUGCAAACCAAAUCCUCUUCGCUACGAAUCACACUCGACUUUUUGAGCGAGAAAUGAAGCGAGCGUUUGAUCUUCUUGUCAACAAAGAUGAUAUCCGAGAACAUAUACUUUUGAACGCCGCUACGGUGAAAGCGCUUCGGUACUAUGUUACAGGAGAUUAUCCCAAGUUCUUGGUCGAGGUGCUAGCGAAUAAAUUGAUUACUUCUGAUAUCUUGGUCAGGAUUGGACGAGGCCCUGUUUUUGAGCAGUGGAUGGUCAAGCAGCUGAUUUUUGAUGCUGUGAUGAAGAGUAAUGUGGAUUUUGAUAAGGAGAGCGCAGAUAACGCCGUUGCUGCGACGGCCCACUUCAUCGCCAACAACGACAUGGUCAUCGGUCGAUUAGGCGGCAUCGGACAUGAAGAAUGGAAACCCGAAGGCGAAGAUGGCCUCAAGAAAUACUUCGACGAAAUCGACACCUCUACCACCAACAGCAACAUCUUCACUCUAUUCAACCAAAUUAUCCUCCAAUUUGCAACCCCGACCAAUCUCGGAUCAUCAACCGUAGAGGAUCUGAUCGCCCGAGCAGGACUAGCAUACGCCAUCAUCGUCCAAGCAGCCACCAGAGCCGUAGAGCAGCUUGUGCGUGACACGACCGCGCACGCUGCGAAAGUAUCUCUGGAUGUCUCUGUGAUCUUCGCGGCUAUCACACUAGGAGGUAGUGUUACGCCGUCUCCAUAUGUAACGCUGGUGGUAGACUCUGUUGAAGGUGUUAUUCAGACAGUCAUUACCAACUAUGUCAAUCAGCCUGUGACGGCUAUCACUGCCGUGGCGAGCAAUCUCAGUGAUCAGUUUGCGAAUUACGUGCUCAAGCCGGCUCUGGCUGGAGAUAGUGUUCCGGGAUUGUUUCCGGGCAACGUGAGUUCUGCUGCUGGGUCAGGAUCUGGGGCCAAGGGCCAGGGUGCAACACCUGCUGGAAUGGGAGCUGGAGCUGGAGGUGGGACGGGCAAAGCUGAUGCAAGCAUUCCAACUCCAACGCUGACGCUGACGCCUGCUGGAAAACGGAGGCAGUUGGGUCAGCUUUUUCAGUCAAAGUAUCAAGAUUACAUUGGGAUGCUAGACACUGUGCAUACCCCAAUGCAGAAGAUUCAAUAGACUGGGUAUUUCUUUGGCAUAGUAAGCGUAGCAUGUAGUAGCCAUCUGAUCGAGUCUUGGUCUGGAUUGGGAAGAGACACAUAUGUUUUGGCAGAACCGAGAAUUUCUCAGAGUCCAAGAACCGAUGCUUUUCUUGCAGGAGUAGAUGUUUCCAGUCUGACGGGAAGGCCGAGAGUUAGAAAUUAAGAAUGAAACAGAUCUUGCAAAGCG